UUUCUACACAGGCUGGAGGACAGGAGUUGGAUGAUUUGCAAGAGGAGCCCUUGGCACUACAGAGGGAUCUGAGAGGCGUGCACCUGCCACACACAGCAGCCCAGCAAUGAGUGAGAACCCAGGCACUAACCUCAGCACUGGAGAUGCUCCAACUGGUCCCACUACACCAAGGAAGGGGCCUCCCAAGUUCAAGCAGAGACAGACAAGGCAGUUCAAGAGCAAGCCUCCUAAAAAAGGAGUAAAAGGGUUUGGAGAUGACAUCCCAGGCAUGGAGGGACUGGGCACAGAUAUCACAGUGAUUUGCCCAUGGGAAGCUUUCAGCCAUCUGGAACUCCACGAGCUGGCCCAGUUUGGGAUCAUCUAAAGUUCCAGCAUCUCUACUGGUGUCACCUGGUGACUUCACAGGUUCCAGCAUGGUCUUCAUCAUCUUUGACACGUAUUUUUGGCCCUUACAACCAGCUGCUCAUGAGCAGGGUGGUUUUGUAAGACCUAGAUAUGAGAAAGUCCUUUGCAGAUUAAUUUGGC